AUGCCUGAACUUGGGCACAUCGUGGACAGCUUCAAGGACCCGCCUAGGUCCAGCUUAGCCGAAGUACUCAAGCAGAGAAUUCCCAAGCCUGGAGAACGGUGGACAAAGCGCGAGUUGCAACCAAGACUGGAGAGCGCAACUGCUGAAGGAUUGUCUCCAGGGGAGUGCCGAAUUAUCCAGUACAGGACUUUGCUUGCAGACCUCGUGCAGUACAAUCAUACAGUAAAGGCAACAGAUCAACCUGCAUCCGGCGGCAUGGCCGAGGAAGACGACAAAAGAUGGCUGCUAGCGAGUUUGAGCGAUCGGUGGAUACGGAAGCUCGAAACUACCGCUGGUCAAGAGUUGCAAAGGCAAAAGGAAGAUGAUGCCAAAGAGCAGCACCGUAGGAUCAUGAGCGGCCAGCUUUGGAGUGAAGCGGAGUGGGAAAUGAUACGGGCUAAGAACCACAAGAUUGAACGGGCGGCAAAUAAGAAGAUGUGGCAAGAGUGCAAGGUGAUGACAUUGGAAGACUGGAAGAAAUUGUCGGGGUUUGACUACACAAACAAAAUCCAGGACCUGCUGGAUUUGCAAGCCUUUCAUGACAUACAGAAGGCUGAGCUCAAUGCUCGCACGGACACGGUUCAGGCCCUGGUCUCGGAGGCUACGUGUAGAACAGAAAGUCUCGCGGAAGCUGCUAACAGCCGCCUCGACGUGCUUGAGAACCAGACAGAGACGACUGAAUCUUUGCUGGAUCUAUCCGAAGAGAGCAUGCUGAGGGUCCAUACGCGAGUGCGCAGGCUAAUGGCGACAGACGUCAAGGACGAAAGUGCUCGUGACGAGGAGAUGCGACGUCGUCUUCAACACCCAAAGGCUCUGGAUUAUAUGUUUGAAGGUAAAACCGAGUUGGAGGCGGCAAGAGCAGUGGUGAACUCGACCAGGAGGUUCGUGGAAAAUAUUGAAGAGGACCUCGAAAAGAUGAUCGUGGCGACCGUGGACACGAUAAGCGCCUUAAAGGAUGCGCGGUUGGCGUUGGACUUCCAGUAA